CCAACGUGCAUCCAGCCGGCGCAUCAAGUUUCGGCGCGAAAGCAACGACUUCGACGCUUUCGUGAUCUUCGUCAACAUUUUCGCAUUCUUUCUAAAACAUCGUUUGCCCGAAGACGUCGUUUAGCGGUUGCCGUUUCGUAGUGACAUGAUGUCGCGAGACCCCGACGAAGUGGAGCGGGUGAGUCAUGCUGCGUGCCUCAAAGCAGCCGUGCACUACACCGUGGGACGCAUCUGCGAUGACAUGGCCGAGAAAGGCGGAUGCCUUCCCGUGCAGCGGCAAACGGUGGCCGCUCUCACUGAACUGGUGCACCGCGAAGUGGGCCGUGUGGCCCGCGACCUCAGUAUGCUAGCGAUGCAUUGUCGCAGAAGCACUGUCACUGCCGAUGACGUGCUAUUCGUGUCGAGAAAUUCGGGCCCCUUACACGAGUAUCUCCAAACCCUGGUACCUCCGCCCAAAAAGACUGACGGCAAACGUAAGGUUUCUUCGAAGGCACCUCAACAGUGACGCGGCAAUCCGCUCGCGGCAUCGCCCGUAAGUGAUGACUUUCAUCGGUUGAACAAACAGGUGUUUAAUAUCCGAAAACACAACCACCACGUGUUUCCUGCCGUUGAUAGGUGUUGGGAGUCCUUCCCUUACCUGAAGUGAUGUUGGCGCCUGUUCACGUCAUCUUCGCACAUGCCCCUUUCUGCUCAACAGUGCUGAAUGUCAUUCCAGCGACACUUGUGUAUGGUGCCCCAAUGCAGUUGCUGAUAGUCACCUUUGAACAAAGACCUCUUUUUUUGUCUGUACGUUACGAGAUUAUUGAAUUGUUACAAAAAGCGACCUACAGAAAAGGAACUUUCUGAGGCACCAUUGAUUUCGGUGUAGAUAAAAACAGCUGCAUUGUUGCUAUGUGGUAAGUGUACUGCAUGUCUCGGGCACGACAAACACACAAGAGACACAGAAAAAAAAAAC